CCAUUUCUUCAACUCAUUUUUUUUUUCUUCUUUUCUUCUCUGUCAAAACGAAAUCUUCGCCAUUAACACCUUCUUCUCUUCCUCCACAUUCCUCCUACCCUUCAAUUAUUGCGCUUUCUAAACUGUCACAACACUAACAAUAAACACGAUUUUUAAAUACUACUAAUUAUCUGACUUCCAUUCCCAACUUUCUCUCUCGUUUUCCGGGAAAAUCAGCCUCCCAUAAUUUCCCCGGAACGAGAGAGGAGGUCACGGGAUUCGACAAAUAUCAAAUCCCUAAUUUCAUUCUGCCCCUUGCAUGGUUUCGUUUCUUCUGCGGUUCCAAGUGAAAGGAGGAAGACCCGUGUUGGGGAAUCAUCCAAAAAUCAAUACUUGCUUCUGAAUCCGAAUUGGGCAGGAACAUGGUGCCCCUGCAUUGAUCAUUGGUCAUUAGGCUCUGGAGAGAGAGAAAACAGAGAAAGAGAAUAUGGAAGAAGAGUUCGAGGAGAUCGAGGUUGAAUACGCGCCUCUUUGCGAGGGUCACGAGAUUGACGUUGAAUAUGAAUUCGACGCGCCCCAUUUCUUCGAUUUCACGCGCCAACUGUCGCUUUGGGACGCUGAUGAAGCAGAGCAAUGGUUUGAAUCCGCCACAAGCUACCCACCUUCACCGUUUCUCUUGAAGAUGAGACGAGGAAACUACAGUGGUGUGAGUCCAGAACAAGUUUCAGAGAAUGAGGAGGAUAAUAGCACAGGAAGUGAAUAUGGUAAGACAAAGCAUCUCGGGAAGUCAAGUUCAUCAAAAUCUAAAGAUUUCUCUUUUAUGAAACCAACAGCAAGUCAUUUGGCCAAGCAGAAGAGCUCUUCAGAAUUUCAGACCCCUGCACCCUCAAGGAUUCAGAGACAGAAUUCUUCUUCAACAGAUGGCCAAUUAACCAAAAGGCAGAAGGUUGAAGCUGGUUACUUGAGGAAGGUUGCUCGUUUGAAGCAUCGCAUUCAUUUUUCACAUAAAAAGUCUAAGGAGGCUGGUGGUACCGAUGUCAAUUUAGCAUCUAAACAAAACGUUACCAUUGCUAAAGAACCUAAUUUGGUGACAGCACUCAGGGCACAAAGGCCAAAGUCUAGAACCAAUGCUGAAUCAGGUGGACCUACACAAUCAAGUCCUCAGGUGCCUAAAGCACGAUCCUUAAAUAAAAAAAUUUUGGAGGGUCCGGCAAAAAUCUUCUCUAAGAUGAAAACACCACCACGACCAACAGAAUGUCAAGUAUUCCACUUGAGAACAUCAGAGAGGGCAAUGCAAAACACGUCUAAUAACAAUGCUGGAAGUAGUUCGAAUCGCAAUUCUAAUUCAAAUAGAGAAACGCGGGAUAUCAAAAUGAGAAAUUCAAGUGUUGGCUCAAGGCAGGAGAAAUGUAAAACGAAUAACAAACUUCGAGGUAGCUCUAAUGAUAAGCUCUCAAGUAAAAGAGAAAGAGUGGUCUUCCGAAAUAUCAAAGUAUAUCCAUUGGAUCCAAACAACAAGGGAACUCUAAAUGAACCACCCUCAGAGUUAUUUAGCAAGCUCUCCCUGGCUUCUGAUGUCAAACAAAGUAGAAAAUCACCAUCAAAGGAGCAGCAGCCAAUUUCUAAGGAAUUGAAGGAGAAUAGACCUAGAUCCUUGCCUAAGGAGAAUGAGAAAAUGAAAUUGAUCAAAGAAAGGCUUCAAGGAGCAUGUGGGAAGCAGUAUCAUUGUGUGAAUGAAAUGGGGUCCCUCGUAUCAAAGCAGAUCUGCAUGCUGGAAAUUGGACAUUAGCUGAAAAUAGAGUGGUGGUUCAUAUUGGUGCUUGCUAGUCUAGAUACAUUUGCUUAAAAUUCCACAAAAAAGUUCAUCUCAAUAAAUGAAAGUUCAACCGUAAGAUUCAUUGGAAAAACCAUCGCAAAGGGGCUUAUGUGCUAAUCUGUGGAAACAAAGGAUCAUACUAAAAAUAUUGUUUAGGGAGGAAGUUCUGAGUAAAGCCUAAUGCAUGUACUCUAGAACAAAGCAUUAGACAUUUUGGAAUUUCUUGACUCUUUCCACUUACCAGUUAACUCUGUAUAAAGAAACAACGUAAUGUGGUACAAUGAGGCUUAAAAAUACUAUACUUGUAAAAUUGUUGCUUGUUUCCAUUUAAGUUAGCUGGUAUUUGUAACUACAUAGCAACUUGAGAAUUUUAUUUUUUUUCUUAAUCAUUUUGUUUGA